AUGGCCAACAGCGAGCGGAACGACGUCGAGGCCAAUUUACUUCCUGAGAAGGUUGAGAAGAUGGAGGUCACUGGGGAGCUACCGCGACCUGCUGCGAGGAAGAGGAUAGUGGUGGUGGGAUUGGGCAUGGUGGGAGUAGCAUUCAUUGAGAAGCUUCUCAAGCUGGAUGUAAAGAGGCAGGAAUAUGCAAUCACAGUGAUUGGCGAGGAGUCACAUCUGGCAUACAACAGAGUCGGCUUGACGAGCUACUUCCAGCACAGAGAAGUUGAGAAUCUCUACCUCAACCCAGCGUCUUGGUAUGCAUCCAUGCCGGAGGGAUCUCUAUCAUACCACCUCAACACCGUUGUGACAUCGAUCGAUACCGAAGUCAAGACGGUAGAGACUGCGAAAGGAGACACUGUCCCGUAUGACAUUCUGGUCCUCGCAACAGGAUCUAAUGCUCUGCUGCCGAAGCACACCCCUGGCUACGAUGCCAAUGGAGUAUUCGUGUAUCGAACCAUCGAUGAUCUACAGAACCUCAUCAAGUUCGCUGCGAUGAAGAAAGGCACAGUUGGUGCUGUAGUCGGUGGAGGUCUGCUCGGGCUGGAGGCUGCUAAAGCCAUGAUGGAUCUGGAAGAGUUCCAGACGGUGAAGCUCAUUGAGCGGAAUAGAUGGGUCUUGAGCAGACAGUUGGACGGCGAUGCUGGAGGCAUGGUUCUCGAGCAAGUGCGACAGUUGGGACUUGACGUGCUCCUAAGCAAAAGAGUUGGCAAGAUCAAUACCGACGAUCAGAAUAAUGUCGUGGGCGUGACAUUCGAAGACGGUGAACAAAUGGACUGCAGCACGAUAUGUUUUGCGAUUGGCAUAAAAGCAAGAGAUGAGCUCGCGCGCAAGUCAGGCAUCAAAUGCGCCGAUCGAGGCGGCGGUAUCAUAGUCAGCGAAGACUUGGCUACGUCCGCCAAAGAUGUCUACGCGAUUGGAGAGUGUGCUAGUUGGGAGAACCAGACAUUUGGCCUUAUCGCACCAGGAAUUGAGAUGGCAGACGUUCUCGCCUUCAAUCUGACACAAGCGAAAGCACAUACUCCUCGGAAGUUCAAGCGCCCCGACCUAAGCACCAAACUGAAGCUUCUUGGCGUUGAGGUCGCCAGCUUCGGAGACUUCUUUGCGGAUCGCGAUGGACCCAGGCAUCUUCCGGUCAGGAGAGGAGCCAAGAAGGACGUGACACUAGAGCAGAAAGAUCGCGUUGACUCUGCUAGAGCUCUUAUUACAGAUGGACCACCACCUCCGCCUGUCAAGGCUUUGACAUAUAAGGAUCCAUUCCAACAGAUAUACAAGAAGUACUUGUUCACGAUUGACGGCAAAUACCUGCUCGGUGGCGUGAUGAUCGGUGAUACCAGCGAUUAUGUCAAGCUGGUGCCUAUGGUCAAGAAUCAAAAGCCUCUCGAAAUACCUCCUUCAGAGCUUAUCAUAGGCAAGAAGUCUGGAGAUGACGACGCUGACGACCUUGACGACGACACCCAAAUAUGCUCAUGUCAUAACGUGAUCAAGGGCGAUGUGGCCAAGAGCGUCAAAGAUGGAACCUGCAAAUCUAUCGGCGACGUCAAGUCAUGUACGAAAGCUGGUACCGGAUGUGGAGGUUGUAUGCCUCUUGUCCAGACCAUCUUUAACAAGACGAUGCAGUCUAUGGGCCAAGAAGUCAUGAAUCAUCUCUGCCCACACUUUGAGUACUCUCGCGCUGAUCUCUACAACAUUGCCUACGUCAAGAAGCUGACGACCUUUGCGGAAAUAAUGAAGGAGGCCGGCAAGGAUGCGGAAGCAGCAGGAUGCGAAGCUUGCAAACCAGCAAUCGCGUCCAUCACAGCAUCUCUAUACAACAAGCACGUCCUCGACGACAACCAAAGAGGACUCCAAGAUACCAAUGACAGAUUCUUGGCCAACAUCCAGCGGAAUGGCACUUUCUCCGUGGUCCCUCGUGUGUCAGGUGGCGAAAUCACUGCAGACAAGCUGGUCGUCAUUGGCACAGUAGCUAAGAAGUACGGCCUUUACUGCAAGAUCACCGGUGGUCAACGCAUCGAUAUGUUUGGUGCAAAAAAGCAUGAUCUCCCCUCCAUCUGGCAGGAGCUCAUCGAUGGAGGCCUAGAAUCUGGCCACGCCUAUGCCAAGAGCUUAAGAACGGUCAAGUCAUGUGUAGGCACAACAUGGUGUCGAUUCGGAAUUGGCGACUCCGUUGGAAUGGCUGUCAGGCUCGAAGAGCGGUACAAGAGCAUACGAUCACCCCACAAGAUGAAAGGAGGCGUAUCAGGAUGCGUUCGCGAGUGUGCCGAAGCACAAAACAAAGAUUUCGGUCUCAUCGCCACAGACAAAGGUUUCAACAUUUUCGUAGGCGGCAACGGCGGAGCAACACCACGACAUAGCGAACUCCUCGCCAAAGACGUGCCACCAGACGACGUCGUCCCCAUCCUCGACCGCUACCUAAUGUUCUACAUCCGCACAGCAGACAAACUCCAACGCACAGCCCGGUGGAUCGAGAAGCUCCCCGGAGGAAUCAAAUACCUUCAAGAAGUCAUCCUCCAAGACAAACUCGGAAUCUGCGCCGAACUCGAGAAACAAAUGAACGAGCUCGUCGACACAUUCUUCUGCGAAUGGACCGAAGUCCUGAAAUCUCCCAAGAAGAUGGAAAUAUUCUCACAAUUCGGGAAUACGAAGGAAAGCGUCGACUCGAUUGAACAAGUCCCGGAAAGAGGACAAUCCCGUCCCGCGCACUGGGCUAAAGAGUCUGCGAAAGAGGAUUUCAGAGGCCAUCAAUGGACUUCUUUGUCUUGGCAACCCCUUGCUCGAUCCGAUCAAUUCUCGGAUUCCCCGACGGGAAGUAGUUUGGCUGUGAAGAGAGGCGAUACACAACUCGCAAUCUUCAAAGUCAAGGGUCGGUACUACGCCACGCAACAAAUGUGUCCACAUAAACGUGCAUUCGUGCUCUCCGAUGGGCUGAUCGGUGAAGAUGUGAAGAACGAGAAACUCUGGGUUUCUUGUCCUCUUCAUAAGAGGAAUUAUUCGAUGAAAGGCGAUGAUGCGGGAAAGUGCGGGAACGAUGAGACUGUGAAUAUUGCGACGUUCCCUGUGGAAGCGAGGGAUGAUGGAAUGGUUUAUGUUAAGCUGCCGCCUGUUGAGGAACUUGAUGGUGUGCUGGGGACGGAGAAGUGGAAGAUUAGGAAGGAGGAGACGGAGAUGAAGAGUGAGUUUGACGCGCUGGAUAAGAAGUUGAUGAUGAGCUCGAAGAAGGGGAGGAAGGGAGUACAGGCUAGUCAUUUGACCAAUGGACUUGGAGCGGAGGGGAAGGCGCAGGCGAUUUUGGCUGGUGGUGAGAGAGGGAGUAGAGGGAUGGAUUGGUAG